AUGGCCGAACUCUUCACCCUAUCCCCAUCACCCCCUGCAUUGGGUGAUCCUCAUGCAGUUCCAUCCAUCCCUCCAUCCUCCUCAGCGCACCCUGCUACCAACAGCCCUGCUCCAGAGUCCGCCAAGGAGACCUCCAUGCCCAAGUCUUCCCUCUACAAUGACAAAGCUUUGACUGGAAACACUCCUGCAGCGCAGUCGGGGGGUUCGCCCUGUACUCCCCCGCCAUCCUCGAGUCCUCCCAAACUCACUGGUGAGACCCCCCUCGCAUUAUUGGUACACGAGGCUGCUCCACAGACGGAGGACUCAGCAGGGAAAGCUGCAGAGACUGGAGCUCAUGUUAUGAAGCAGGAAACAAUGACCGGUGACCCACCAGCUGCAGAGCUCUUUAAUACUGAAACAGAGACCCCGGCACUCUCAAGUGAGCCAUCAGCUCAGAGCGAAGUGCAUCAGGCAUCCCCCUCUCCUGAUCUCAAUCCUGGUCCUAAUCUCUACCCCAAUGUGCAUGUCACACACAAUCCAAAUCCUGUCAUGGAAGAUGGUCAUUUUACAGCGGGACAACCCCGAAUCGCUGCAGCUUCCAAUCCAGCGCCUGCGCCUGCAGAAUCCAUCGAUACGGCAGCAUCAGCAGCAGCUGAAGAGGAGAAACCUCAGCCACUUCAACAAGCACAAAAUCCUGAAAGUCAGCCUCCUCCCAUCUCCCCGAAGCCCGACACUCCCAUUGAAGCAGGGAAAGCAGAACCGCCCAUCACCCCCACCAGAGCCGAACACCCCAGCCCGACUGUCCCACUGAUCCAAGAGCCAGACUUCCCGCUGCCCAACCCCAAACCCCGGCCGGCCCCUGACACCCUCAGCUACCUCGAGUCAGCCAGCAUGAUGUCGGGGACGUUGGAGUCUCUAUCUGGGCUGGGAGAGGACGGCAGCUCUGUGGGCUCCGACUCGGAGGUCAAUGGCAUGGCUGUCAGGCGCACGGAUAAAUAUGGCUUCCUAGGUGGGAAUCAGUACAGUGAAACAGGUGAAAAGGAAGUUCGAGUUGAAGUCGCCAGACAAAGGGAGGUGAAAUGGCUCGAUAUGUUCCACAACUGGGAUAAAUGGAUCAAACAUCGCUUCCCGAAGGUGAAGUUGCGCUGCAGGAAGGGGAUUCCAUCUUCUCUCAGAGCCAAAGCCUGGCAGCUGCUGUCCAACAGCCAAGAGCUCCUGGAUGCCAACCCGGGAAAAUUUGAGGAGCUGGAGCGAGAGCAGGGAGAAGCUAAAUGGCUGGACAUUAUAGAGAAAGAUCUCCACAGACAGUUUCCCUUCCAUGAGAUGUUUGCUGCUCGCGGUGGCCACGGGCAGCAGGAUCUGUUCCGGAUCCUGAAGGCCUACACCGUCUACCGGCCUGACGAGGGCUACUGCCAGGCCCAGGCUCCGGUGGCUGCGGUACUGCUCAUGCAUAUGCCGGCUGAGCAAGCGUUUUGGUGCCUCGUCCAGAUAUGUGAGAAGUAUCUUCCCGGCUACUACAGCGCUGGACUGGAAGCGAUCCAGCUGGACGGGGAGAUCUUCUUCUCCCUGUUGCGGCGUACGUGUCCGAUGGCGUACCGUCAUCUUAAGAAGUUCAAGAUCGACCCGAUUCUCUACAUGACUGAGUGGUUCAUGUGCAUCUUCUCUCGCACCUUGCCGUGGGCCAGCGUACUGCGUGUGUGGGACAUGUUCUUCUGUGAAGGGGUGAAGAUAGUGUUUCGUGUGGGAAUGGUGCUCCUGAAACAGAUGCUCGGCUCUGUGGAUAAACUGCGGGAAGUACAGGGCAUGUAUGAAACCAUGGAGUGUCUGAGGAACAUCUCACCCGACGCUAUCAGAGAGGAGAUAUUGGUACAGGAGAUCAUCAUCCUCCCGGUGACGGAGUCGCUCAUAGAGAGGGAGUGCAACGUCCAGGUGAGGAAGUGGAGGGAGUCCAGAGGGGAGCUGACGCACCAGCCCGGCCGCCGCCUCCACGGUACGAGGGCCAUUUUCGAGUACAAACGCCGCGCCUCCUCCAUCAGCUCCGGCGGCAGCUUCUCGUUCCUGGGAAGCUCGAUCCCGCCGCCGGGACCCCUCAGGGCCUCCUCCAGCCUCCUCUCACUCCCUGGCUUCCGCAGGUCCAAGGCUCCCUUCCACUCCCAAUCCAAGAAGAGCUCCUUCUCGGGCCCCUCGGGGAUGGAGGGCCUGACGCAUCAGUUAUCUAGCCCCAGCCAUAAACCACCUAUUCCUCCAGGGGCCGUUCAGAGGGCACCGGUACCCCACAUUCGGAGCCCCUUAGUCAGAGGAGCAUCUGGCUCCUCAUGUGGGCCUCCUCAGGCCUCCUCCUCAGACACCUCAGCACAGGGCCCGCCCACCGCUUCGGCCCCGACACAAAGCACAGCAACACCGCCCAGCACUCUCCCCUCCCCUAAGAUCGUCUCCGAGCAGAUCACUCCCACCCUCCCCUCUCCGACGGCAAACAACACCCCGCUUCCGCCAAUUCCAGAUUCGAAAAAAGAAGUGGCGCCAGUGACUGACGUCGCAACCGGAGAGGAAGAGGUGAAGAAGAAGAAGAAGAGCAGAGAAGACAAGAAGAAGGAAAGGGAAGACGAGAAGAAAAAAAUGAAGGAAAAGAAAGAAAAGGACAAAGCUGAGAAAGAGAGGCUCAGGAAGGAGAAAGAGAGGCUAGAGAAGGAGAAAAAGAAAGGGGGGAAGAAAAAGGACAAAGGGGGAGGAGAAGCGGAGGACAAGCACGGAGCUGCAGCAGCAAGAGAUUCGGCCUAGUUCCCCACUCGUCAUUCCAGAAUAAUGAAAAGGGACGCGAAACAAAAAGAGGUCAGGGGAACAAAAGACCCCCAGACACAGAACGAGUGAUCAAUACAAAUACACGGGGUGGCUUCCUAACACGUCAUUUCAAAGACUUAAUGUAGACUCUGGACUAUGGGGAGAAAACUGGAUCAUGGUUUUCACAGCACCUCGGGGGGCUUUUUGGCCCCCAUGCUCAAUGCUUUCUUUUUCACCAGGUUUAAGUGAGAUGUUUUUUCAACUGGAGCACGGACUGUGAAUCACAGAUCACAGUCCUUAUUUCUGUUCUUUUUAUUAUUUUAAUCCGAUGGAUGUCAGUGUUCAGAGGAACAUUGACUCGAGGGAUCGUUGAACUGAAGGUUUGCAGAGAUAGUUGCGGUGCCAUAGAAUAUGUAAAUAACACGUCUACCUACAGCACAUAGGAUCCCGUUAGCGCUCCACACGCUCUCUCGUCUGUGGACUCGUUCUCUGGAUGUCGGCGACAAAAAGAAAAGAAAAGCUCUAAAGUCGUCUCAAACACAGGCACUGAAGGCAGAAAUGCUAGUAAUGUUGUUAAGGAUGUAUUUAUUGUCAUGUUAAAUGUUGUGAGUGAGUGUGUGCCUUAGCAGUGUAGUGAAAUUUGUUACUGUUCUCUCUCUGUGUGUGUGUGUGUGUGUGUGUGUGUGUGUGUGUGUGUGUGUGUGUGUGUGUGUGUGUGUGUG